AUGUCCGUCAAAUUGCUGACACCGCUGUGCAACGGAAUUUCUGCUACUCGGUUCGUGCAAAGCUUCCAGCUGCCUGGACGACCAGGACAUUUUCAAGGCCUCCUCUCGACCCACCCCUAUCAAGAUGAGGUCGAGUGGCCCGCUUUGAAAGCAUGGUCUUUCCCUGGACCUGAUGACCGAGAGACGCUCGAAGGACUCAGGAGGCCCGAAACGGCAGACUUGAUCGUGCCGGUCGAGAUCUCCGAGCCCAACGUGGGUUAUAAUGCCGGGAGCAACAAGUGGGAUCGCAUUGAGAUGACUUUCUCUCUCUUCCUUGAUGCUUUCAUCCAACGCAAGAUCCCUUGGUCGCACGAAAACGGAGCUGAGGAACAACAGCUUGUGGGCUAUUUGGCUCAGUUUGAUCUGCUGUCGAAGGCACCUAGCCUAGCGAAAGAGGCUCCAGGGCUACCGCACACACUGGCAGGACCAAAGGGAGCAAAAGAGCAAUGGCGUAGCAAUGUGUGGAUCGGGCCGGCAGGCACAUUUACCCCAAUACAUCGUGAUCCGUAUGAGAACAUGUUUGCCCAGGUUGUCGGCCGCAAGCGGGUCCAUCUGUUUGCUCCGGUGCUGGCUCCGUACCUCUAUAUCAAAGAGGACGGGCCUCAGAAGAAUACAUCAGCUAUUGCGAGUGAGCAAGAGCUUUUAUCUCCACCACCGGAUCGACCACUGAUCUCUACCGCGCUCGCAUCAGAAGGCGCCUU